AUGCAAACCAGCCAGACCAGCGUGGUGGCGGCCUUUCAAAUCGUGGCCGGGCAGACCGUGGCCGUGCAGAUCGUGGCGGUGGCCGGGGAGGUGGGCAAUCUGGUGUGGGAGGAGCGGCUGUGCGAGGAGACCAGAGUUCCGGGAGUGGCAACGCCGAGCAGGGAGCAGGGAGGCACAGAUCCAGGAGCUCAGCUCACGGCCCAUCCCGCGAAGUGCGGGUGGCCAACCGCCAAGGAGCUCAUUAACCACUGGAAGGGCGUCGCUGAGCAGAAGACAGCUGAGGCGCAGAAGCUGAACGAGGAGCUGGCCGGCGCGCGGGGAGAGCUCGAGAAGGUGCGCCAGGACAAGUUCGCCAGCGAGAACAAGCUCCGGGAGGAGAUUGACAAGACAGAGGAGCGGGGGGAGAAGCUCUUCAUUGAGGCGACCCAGAAGAUGAGGAAGAAGAUCGAGACGGAGAUGCGGGAGGCGCACGAAGCCGAGGUGCGGUCGCUCAAGGGGGAGCUGGACAAGCUGAAGGAGAAUGCGGAGACUGGCAGGCAUGUUCGAGACAAGCUCCGGGAUGAAAAAGACCGCUGCGAGACCUCCGCGAAGCAGGCUCAGGAGGAAACCCAGCGCUGGCGUGAGCGUUACGGGAAGUUGAUUGCAUCUCUUCCUCCGGACUCGCGAUCUCCCAUGGCUCCUGCCGCAGACUUGCGACUCCGCCUGUUCAACAUCGAGGCAUUUCUGGCCAAUUUACAGGGGGAGUUGGCGGAGAUGUUGGACGAGUUUCGCAGCGAAAGCCGGAAAGUCAAGAUUGACCUUCAUGAAGCCUUCCACAAACUGGAACCACGCUACGAAGACCUCCACGGCAUUGCUCAUGAGACUGCAAGGCUAUGCUUGAUGCGAUGCUGCUCAACCUACGUGGUUGCGGGAGGACCCUUAAGCAACCCAGAUCUGGCCCACAGGGCAAUAGAAUGCCUGACGAUCCUCACCCGGUUUCCACACGUGCUUGAUGACUACGGGUCCGAGUCGACGAUAUCAAUCACGAGCCAAAGGGCAUGGAUGUGCAGGGCCCUUCACGACUGGUGUGCCUCCGCAACAAAGCUGUACAAUUGCCACUACAACCAGUACGUGCAGAUUGUGCAGACCCCGUUUCCGCUGCCGCCUGACACUGAGGACCAUGGCUUACGGCAUGGCCUGCUGCCGGAGCUGGCCGCGGGAGCGCCAGUACUUGGCCUAGGGGAAGACGUGCAGCGGACGGUUGUUUCAGGUCUUGUCUCGGAUGGCAAUUUGUGGGUAGAUAUGAGGUUUCCCACUGGCGGCGCCGUUUCUGCUCCAACACAGGUCGCCGAGGCUGUGCAGGAUGGAGGCGGCGAUGGCGGAGACGGCGAUGGCGAUGACGGCGACUCCGCCAAAUUAGAAGUGACUGGUGGCAAGACGGAGGAUGGGGUCGCCAAAAUCACCAGCCAGGGCAAGAUGGAGCGGCGUGGGAUGGGUGGGGCCCGGGAUGGCAGCAAGGGUGGCACCAGCAAGGAAUGCGGGGUCAGGGAUGGGUGGCAAGGCCAUCCAGGCUGGCAGGGGUGGCAGGGGUGGCAGGGCCCCCACAAAGCGCCUGCGGCAACCCGCCGCCACAGGGAGGUCAUGCAGCUGCUGGACAGUGGGAUCAGGGAGGACAAAGCCAGCAGCAGGAUGGACAGUGGGGGGGAAGCUGGAACCAGGGAGGACAGAGCAAUCAGGGAGGAGACUGCCAGCCAGCGGGGGGGGGAGGAGAGGUGGUCGGCGGGAGGACAGGGCCCCGACCGAAGAACGCGGCUGGACAAGAAGUGGCAGGACUGGUCUGCGCAUGAGCGGACGCAGCGCGGCACUCGAGGUCGGUCUGUGCCAGCGUCUUCUUCGCGAGAUGGGGGGCCAUACGAUGGGGUCUUGCAGGCCGAGUACGCCAGGAAGAAGGCCGACGAGGAGAAGAAGAAGGCGGAGGCCGCGAAGAAGGCAGAGGAGGAGAAGCUGAAGGCCGAGGCCGCCAAGAAGGCGGAGGAGGACAAGAAGAAGGCGGAGGCCGAGGCCGCGAAGAAGGCCGAGGAGGACCAGAAGAAGGCGGAGGCCGCGGCCGCGAAGAAGGCGGCCGCGAAGAAGGCGGAGGAGGACAAGAAGAAGGCGGAGGCCGAGGCCGCGAAGAAGGCGGAGGAGGACAACAAGAAGGCGGAGGCCGAGGCCGCGAAGAAGGCCGAGGAGGACAAGGAAGAAGGCGGAGGUCCCUCGUGCCCCCCAAGCAGCCCGGGGUAG